AUGGAAUACCUUCUAGCUCAGAAGGCUACUACCUCUAUCUCUGCUGUCAAUCCUGCUAUUGUUGUAGUUACUGAUGCCAUUGCUGUCACCACUUAUGCUGAUGCUGUUGUGGAUACUGUGAUUCAACCUAUGGACAGCAUUUUUCUCUCAUUUUGUCGCCGCUGCCGAAGAAUUCUCAUUCUCCUCAUUUCUCUCAGGGUCAGCGACAGCCCAGGACAGUUGAUUCCAUUUCUUCAUGCUUUUGAUCCGCAAGGUGUUAGCAAUGUUUAUUCAGAAUAUCCUGGUUGGCCUUUGCUCUAUCCUCUGAAGGUUCCGACGGAUAAAUGUGAGAAGUGUUCUCAAGAGUUCUGCUCCACCCUUAACUAUAGAAGACAUUUACUUGUGCAUCACCGAUUCAAAAAGAUUGAUAAGGAUACUUCAAAAACUAGGGAGCUUUUAGGGGCAUAUUGGGAUAAGCUCUCGGUAGAAGAGGCGAAGGAAGUUGUACCGUUUGAAAAUGUAAUGCUGGAGGAAGUUCCAGGGUCUUCGAUUUUGCAUGCUUUGAUGACUCUUACUCAAAAACAAGGAUUCUUUUUUCUUCUUCCGUGUUAUCUGAGGGCCGGUGCUGCCCUAUUGGACAUUGUUCAACCUAAACCUUCCAGUUUUCCUAUACCUUCCCAGGAGUUAUUCAGUAUCCUUGAUGAUGCUAGUGAAGGAACAUUUUUAUUGGGGACAACAGUGUCAGUGCAAAAAUGUGUUUUUCCUGGAGGGGCUGGAAAAAUUGGUCUUGAACCGAAAAAUAUAGUGGCUUGUACAAGCUUCUUGCUAGAACAGAUAUUGGUUAAGGCAUGGCUUGCUGACAAGGAUGCUGAAGCACUGAGGUGCCAGAAGCAAUUGGUUGAGGAGGAAGAAGCUGCCCAGAAAAGGUACCAUACCAGACAAGCUGAGAUUUUGAAGAGGAAACGUCAGAAAAAGCUUAGGCAAAAAGAACAGAAGGCGAAGGAACAAAGAAACAAGCUUGAGGUAGAUACUAAAGAGAAUGUUGACGAUACAAUGAAGACUGUAUCACCGACAGAAACAUCUUUGGAUACAUAUGAUUUUGAAGCUCAAAAUCCAGUGGAGUCUGCAAAGAACACUCCACAUGUACCUCUUCAAUUCCCUGACAUCAAUGAAGGAAAAAAUGGGGAUACCCAAUCAGGACAUGAUUUUGGUGCUGAUCUGAAUAUUCGACAGUCACAACGUGAACUUGAUCAUCUUGCAAGAUGGCACCAGCUGCCAAAAUUCUCCCAUCGCACUGCCAGUGAUCAGCUUACAAACAAGAAUCCUCCAAUUUCAAAUCCUGAAGUCAUUCAGAAAUAUGGAACCCGCCAUGGUCAGAAGGCAGAUGGUACAUCUAAUGCUGGUAAAGCAUGGCAUGGAAACCCAAAACCCGAAAUUGACAGGAUGCUUUUAAAAACCGUAACAAAGACUGAACCAGACCUUGUAAAGGAUCAUGAAGUUUUGAUAGGAUCUAUAUCUGUCAAUCUUGCCAACUGCAGCCAAUCAGAGGGUAAUGUGGUGGCAUCUCAAGAAAAAUGUUUGAUUGAGAAUGUGGUGGCAAUUCAAGAAAAGUGUUUGAUUGAGAAUAUGGUGAAGAAGCAGAAUAGUUCUCAGAAUAAACCAAAGAAACCUAAUUUACGUGCCACUGAAAAUAAUCAGUCAAUGGUUAAGCCUUCCACCGCAGUUAGUCGAUUUGAAACUAAAGAAGAUCCAUUUCCAGUUCAAAGUGGUGGGAUGGAAGAUGAAGUUAAUAGAAAUGAAGUUUGUCAGAACUUGUCAAGGAUUUGUAGUGAUGGAAGUGGUUUUGAAAACAAAGUUUCCAAUACAGAGAGUAGAGUAGAUCCAGUAAAGUUAAAGUUUUCGAUUCAGGAUGCUAGAGAGUUUCUUGCACAAAGAUGGGAAGAAGCUGUCUCGUCAGAUCAUGUGAAAUUGGUUAUUUCCCUUGACUCUGAACUUUCUGGGAACCAUGAAGCAUGGGAAUCUUGUAAUGUUGCUAGAUGCACCAACAUUGUUGCAAAAGAAGACAGCAUGUUGCUUUCAACCACCAAAUGCAGAGGGAAGGCUAAAAAGGGAAGCAAUCACAAAGAGAAAACAACCUAAUACUAAAGUAGCAAAUUGGAUUUUAUAAACUAUACAGAUACAGAUAGGCAAAGACCAACUUAGUUGCCAAUUUCUUUAGCAGAGCUUGAUAAACGGCAAGUCUUUUUAAUUGCGCCAUUUUUACAUCUACCGGAUAUGAUGGUUGAUAUAGCAGGCUUUGGUAGACAAUUUCUUUUUACUUGCGGAAUUUGUUUAGUUACCUUAAGGAUCGCAUUUCUCAUCAUAAUUCUCUAAAUUUUGCCUGUAAUAGAUAUAACAAAUAAUUGAACUAGUUAAGCCAACCCCAUAUUUUUGGCUUUCUCUUUCUUGCUAUAA